AUGUCACUUCGAAGAUCGCUCGUUCAUACGACUCUGAACCUCUCGAGGGCUAGGUCUGCUACAGAUACUUCAUCUAGCUAUUUGUAUUCACCAAGUAAGAAGAGAUAUUUUGGUACAUCAUCAGUAAGGAUGAGCUCUACCAAUCCGGAUCCAACUCAAGUGGAAUCACAAGAACCUACACCAGCAGAUGUAGAUAUUUACCUAACAUCGAAGAUCCUCCAUCCGUCCUAUGGCAAUGAUCCAACUUUGAAUGAAGGUCUAACCAGAGCGAGAGAGAACGACUUACCUGAAAUUCAAGUAUCACCUUUACAAGGUCAAUUUUUGAGCGUGUUGGUUAGAAGUAUAGGCGCAGAGAGGGUAUUGGAAAUUGGGACUUUGGGUGGUUACUCGACCACAUUCUUAUCCAAAUCACUCCCCGCCCACGGCCAAAUAGAUACUCUCGAACUAUCCCCCCACCACGCCAAGGUGGCUCAAGAAAACUUCCUCGCAUCUGAUUUAUACCCCUUCCCCCGUAUUCAUAUUGGUCCAGGUCUAGAUACUUUGAAGAAACUAAAAGUCCCGGAAGAAGGUCCAUACGAUUUCGUUUUUAUAGAUGCCAACAAGGAUCAAAUCAAAGAUUAUUUCAUAGAGAGUUUGAGGGUUGUUAGGAAAGGGGGUGUGGUCGUUGUUGAUAAUGCUAUAAGGAGAGGGAAGAUCCACCCUGAUUCAGUAGCCGAUUCAUCCAAGGACGUACAAGGUCUUAGAGCACUGUACGAUUGGAUAGAGCAAGAUAACGGUAAGACAGUGUUAAGUAGUGGGAUCCAAACGGUAGGAUCAAAAGGUUGGGAGUGA